GCUGUUUCCUGCUUUUUCUGCUGGACUGCCGAAGCUGCACUGAACACUGCUCGUCAAUAGCAGGCACACAGCUCUGAUACAGGACGCUUUAAUCAAAGCAUAAGGCUAUCGGACAUUUAUUUCACAUUCAAACAGACAGCAAUGCGAAGGAAAUCGAGGAUGUUACUAUGCUUCGCGGUCCUGUGGGUGCUUGGCAUAGCAUAUUAUUUCUAUUCGGGAACAACGUUAAGUCGAAAGGAUGACUGGAACGCUAUUGAGUCAUCAAAUCAGGCCCAGGUCCACCGCAACGCAGAUGACCAAACCCACAGCCUGGAGACACUCCCCUCAGGCAAGGUGAGAUGGCAAGACUUUGACCAGGACCUAUAUGUUGGUGCUACGGUGGUGCGGCCAGGGCAGGAUCCCUACGCCCGCAACAAGUUCAACCAGGUGGAGAGUGACAAGCUGAGGAUGGACCGCGGAGUCCCUGACACCAGACACGACCACUGCCGGCAUAAACAGUGGAAGACGGAGCUGCCUGCUUCUAGUGUUAUCAUCACUUUCCACAAUGAGGCCCGCUCAGCUCUGCUCCGCACCGUGGUCAGUGUUCUUAAGAAGAGUCCUCCCCACCUUGUCAAGGAGAUAAUCCUGGUUGAUGAUUACAGUGACAACCCUGAAGAUGGAGCCUUGUUGGGGAAAAUUGAGAAGAUCCGGGUUCUUCGAAACGAUCGACGAGAAGGUCUGAUGAGAUCGCGGGUGAGAGGGGCCGACACAGCCACUGCCAGUGUUCUCACCUUCCUGGACAGCCAUUGCGAGUGUAAUGAACACUGGCUGGAACCACUCCUGGAAAGGGUGGCAGAGGACAAAACGCGGGUUGUUUCCCCCAUCAUCGACGUCAUCAACAUGGACAACUUCCAGUACGUAGGCGCCUCGGCCGAUCUCAAAGGAGGAUUUGAUUGGAAUCUGGUCUUCAAGUGGGACUAUAUGACCGUGGAGCAGAGGAGGGUGCGUCAAGGAAACCCCACUGCUCCAAUCAAGACUCCCAUGAUCGCCGGCGGCCUCUUUGUCAUGGACAAGGACUACUUUGAGUUGCUGGGGAAGUACGACAUGAUGAUGGAUGUGUGGGGUGGAGAGAAUCUAGAGAUCUCUUUCCGCGUGUGGCAGUGUGGCGGCAGUCUAGAGAUCAUUCCCUGCAGUAGAGUGGGACACGUCUUCAGGAAGCAGCACCCAUAUACCUUCCCUGGGGGAAGUGGCACUGUGUUUGCUAGGAACACGAGGCGAGCAGCAGAGGUGUGGAUGGAUGAGUUUAAGAACUUUUACUACGCCGCUGUGCCCUCGGCCCGAAACGUGCCCUACGGCAACAUUCAGAGCAGGAUGGAGAUGAAGAAGAGGCUCGGCUGCAAGCCAUUCAAGUGGUACUUGGAGAAUGUGUACCCUGAGCUGCGGGUCCCUGACCAUCAGGACAUUGCCUUCGGAGCUCUGCAGCAGGGAGGGAACUGCUUAGACACGCUGGGACACUUUGCAGACGGAGUGGUGGGGGUCUAUGAAUGCCACAAUGCUGGGGGAAAUCAGGAAUGGGCGCUGACCAAGGACAAGUCAGUGAAGCACAUGGACCUGUGUCUGACGGUGGUGGAUCGCACCGCAGGCUCACAAAUCAAAAUGCAGGGCUGCAGGGAAAACGACAGCAGACAGAAAUGGGAGCAAAUUGAGAGCAACUCCAAGCUGCGGCACGUGGGCAGCAACCUGUGCCUGGACAGCCGCAGCGCACGUAAUGGGGGGCUGACAGUGGAGGUGUGCAGCCCCAACCUCAACCAGCAGUGGAAGUUCACCCUCAACCUCCAGCCCUAGAGAGAGCGAGAUGGACAGACAAACACAGAGAGAGAGUGUAUCCCCCACCAGCACCACAUCCUCUCCUCCCCGGAGCCAAACAGACUAGAGCCACCCAUUACCAACACACACAGACGGACGGACAGACUGAGUUCCCCGGAGGGGCCACAACACACAGAGGGAAGCAGGAUAUUGAAACUACAGACUACCAAGUGGGAUGAUGAUGAUUUUAAUGUUGAUGAUGAUUUUAAUGUUGGUGGUGGUGAUGAUGAUGAUAAUGCUUUCCCUCCAACUAUAUACCUCAGCGUUUCAUCUUUAGUCCCGCUCUUUGGAAUGUGACAAAGUAAUUUUUCUUAUUACAGGUGAAAGGAACUUUCUGGAUGUUUUUUAUUUUGUGCGUGUCCUUUGUUCUCUCUUUCCACUGAAGUUCUGAAAUGGAUAAGACUAUUAAUUUGUAGUUUUUCUCUCUCAAGUAAUCUGUCUUUGUUGAAUGUAAAAGACAUAUUCUACAGAGGUUCCCUGACUAGACAGACUGGCCAGGAAGAAAGCGGAUGGUCUCAGCUGGUUUUGGCCCCUUAAAGUCCUGCUGGUAGAAGGGAAAUGACUCUAUGCACUGUUCCUCUCGUUCACUCAAACGCCUCUCUCCUGAUUGGUGGACUGCUCUGCCAGAGUUGAAAAGAGAUUAAGAAAAUUAACAAUUGACAGAGUUUUCAUUCUGCUCCUGUCACGCGUGUUGUAAGAAGGUACGUCGUCCGAUCAGAAGGGUUCUCUUCGCAGGCCUCUCAUGGAUUCUGGUGGGACCAGGAGUUGUCCAGGGUGUGGAUGUAUCGCUGCUGAAUCGUCACAGAUUGUAGCACUGGCUGCUACAGCUCCUCAGUGUUUGUCCCCUUUGUACAUCACAAUUGAAUGGAACGCCCCCCCAAAAAAAGUUAUAUAUAUAUUCAUUAUGUUUUUCUUUGCAAAAGCAGUAGUGUCCAUGUUUAUUGUAGUUUUAUUUUAUUUCUAGCAGACAUUGAAAAAUGUGUUUUGUGUUCAAUUAUACUGUAGAAUAAUCAACUGAGUAACACAGUAAAUUGGACAGAUCUUUCUUUGUACUAUUGUUGCGUUCUGACUUCUCUUGUGAGUAAAACAUAUCUACUUACUUUCUAAAAAAACAAAAAUGUUCUCCUUUUCAGUGUCGGUGUUACCGUUGUAACUACCCUGUCAUAACCUCAUCCAAAUCAGUAUUGGUGAAGAGUGUAUUACAGGGUAAUGUUGGAACCAUCAUUUCCAUUCUCAGAAGUCUACAAGUGUUGUCGCACACAGUGUAUGUAUUUGUGAUUUUAUAAAAUGCCACUUGUUCAGCGCUAAGUGACAGACAGCAUGUACACGGCGAGGCCUUGCUGCAUGUUAUACUUCUACGUCUUUUCUCCUACAGUUUCUUUUUCUCUCCAUUUAUUUCUCGACAUUACUCGCAUGCUUUGUGAAUGAUGUCUUUGCCUUUUUUCAUAUCCAUCCCAUUUAAAAGAGAAUGUGUCUGUGUGCUAGUGAACAGCUUUCAACAGGUUUCUUGAAGGAGGGCAGGUCAUUCGGCAACUGCACUCACAAGGGAGAAAAGCAAUAAGAUGUUCCUAUUUCAGUGUAAUUGUUGUGCAUUUAGCAUCUGCUUCGGGACCAUUCUGAUUGGGUUUCUACAUGUAGCUUGUGAUAUGUGGUACUUUAAACGUUACUGUUUGUUUCUGAGGGGCAGCAGAACCCACCUUUAAUGUGAUGGCCAAAGGAGCCUAUAACGACUUAUGAAAGCAACAAUUAAUCCAUUGACGUGACAUUGUUUUUGUCUCGUGGGGGUUCCCCCGAUAUCAAUGGAGAUUAAUUUAUUCUAGAAUAGCAAAUUACUUAUUAUUUAGUAAUAUUUGCUUUCUGUAUUUUGUAAGCCCUCAUUAUAUAUGCACAUAUUUACCAUAAGCAAUCUGUGUAAGUCCUACACAUCAAUCCCUGUGUGUUCUACACCAUUCUGGUCAAACUUCCUGAUACAAAAGGAAUCUCCAACCAUCAGUACAGAAAUGAGCAUCACAGCAUAUGCAGCAGUCCCUAUCUGACGCUUGUGUAAAAGGUAUUGCAUUUAAAAAAUGCCAAAGAGAGGUGUCCCACAGUAAGAGAGGAGGUGUCCCACAGUAAGAGAGGAGGUGUCCCACAGUAAGAGAGGAGGUGUCCCACAGUAAGAGAGGAGGUGUCCCACAGUAAGAGAGGAGGUGUCCCACAGUAAGAGAGGUGGUGUCCCACAGUAAGAGAGGAGGUGUCCCACAGUAAGAGAGGAGGUGUCCCACAGUAAGAGAGGAGGUGUCCCACAGUAAGAGAGGUGGUGUCCCACAGUAAGAGAGGUGGUGUCCCACAGUAAGAGAGGUGGUGUCCCACAGUAAGAGAGGAGGUGUCCCACAGUAAGAGAGGAGGUGUCCCACAGUAAGAGAGGAGGUGUCCCACAGUAAGAGAGGAGGUGUCCCACAGUAAGAGAGGAGGUGUCCCACAGUAAGAGAGGAGGUGUCCCACAGUAAGAGAGGAGGUGUCCCACAGUAAGAGAGGAGGUGUCCCACAGUAAGAGAGGAGGUGUCCCACAGUAAGAGAGGAAAGAGACCAUAAUAUUUUAUCUGCAGUUCAGAAUGUGAGAUCCGUGUGAGAGCAGGACUAUGAAAUCAUGUUGGGGGUUGUAACCUCCCGUGUGAGAUGAGUUGACAAGUUUCACAUGGUAAGAGCUUUGUCUGCUAUCACGUAUGUCACUGUUGAAAUUGAAACAAUUCUAAUGUGAAAUUUAGAUGGCCUACAGUACUAAAAGGGAUUGCUCGGGUGAACAUUGUCUACAUGGUAGCAAAGGUUGUUCAAGUAUUGAAUCAAGCCUUUUUUGUAAGAUUUGUGUGAAAAUGACAAGUUUGCUGUUCACUUUAGGAUGAAAAAAAAUAAUCCUAGCAUUACAGCCACAUUUAAAUUGGAUGAAAUGUUUACAUAGCACAAUGUGCCAAAGUAAUUUACUUAUUUGAUUUACAUUGUCAAUACAAGGUGAAGGACGUGCCAUUUGACGGAUAAUAAACCAAAUCAAGAAAAUAGUAAUUUGGGACAUCAAAUAUGAUUUGUUCCUUUGAUAAAACAGUUUGCUGUAGGAUUGUGUAGAUUACGAUUCAAAUCCCAGGGGAGGCAGCAUGGGGGUAUCCAAUGUAAAAGUGUAUGUUUGUAUAUACACUACGUUGAUCUACUGUACAGUAUGAACAAGCAACACCAGUGAGUGGAUCUACUCUACAACGCUUGGGAUUGUUCAUGUUUUAUAGUUAUGGCAAAACUUUUACUUUAAGAGGAAAAAUGUACUUAAAUAAAUGCAUUUAUAAGAGA